AUGGACGUGGACGUGGUCGUGGACGUGGACGUGGACGUGGACAUGGACGUGGACAUGGACGUGGACGUCGACGUGGACGUGGACGUGGACGUGGUCGUGGACGUGGACGUGGACGUGGACGUGUACGUGGACGUGGACGUGGACAUGGACGUGGACGUGGACGUGGACUUGGACGUGGACGUGGACUGGACGUGGACUGGACGAGCGUUUGCGUUCUCCCUGGCCGUGGACGUGGACGUGGACAUGGACGUGGACGUGGACGUGGACGUGGACGUGAACGUGGACGUGGACGUGGACGUUGACGUGAACGUGGACGUGGACAUGGACGUGGACGUGGAGGUGGACUUGGACGUGGACGUGGACGUGGACGUGGACAUGGACGUGGACGUGGACGUGGACGUGAACGUGGACGUGGACGUGGACGUGGACGUGGACGUGGACGUGGACGUGGACGUGGACGUGGACAUGGUCGUAGACGUGGACGUGGACGGGGACGUGGACAUGGUCGUGGACGUGGACGUGGACGGGGACGUGGACAUGGUCGUUGACGUGGACAUGGUCGUGGACGUGGACAUGGUCGUGGACGUGGACAUGGACGUGGACGUGGACGAAGACAUGGACGUGGACAUGGACGUGGACGUGGUCGUGGACGUGGACGUGGACCUGGUCGUGGACGUGGACGUGGACGUAGACGUGGACGUGGACGUGGACCUGGACCUGGACGUGGACGUGGACGUGGACGUGGACGUGGACGUGGACCUGGACGUGGACGUGGACGUGGACGUAGACGUGGACAUGGACGUGGACGUGGACGUGGACGUGGACGUGGACAUGGACGUGGACGUGGACGUGGUGGACGUGGACGUGGACGUGGACAUGGACGUGGACAUGGACGUGGGCGUGGACGUGGACGUGGGCCUGGACGUGGACAUGGACGUGGACAUGGACGUGGACGUGGACAUGGACGUGGACAUGGACGUGGACAUGGACGUGGACAUGGACGUGGACAUGGACGUGGACGUGGACAUGGACGAAGACGUGGACGUGGACCUGGACGUGGACGUGGACGUGGACGUGGACCUGGACGUGGACGUGGACGUGGACAUGGACGUGGACGUGGACAUGGACGUGGACGUGGACAUGGACGUGGACGUGGACAUGGACGUGGACAUGGACGUGGACAUGGACGUGGACAUGGACGUGGACAUGGACGUGGACAUGGACGUGGACAUGGACGUGGACGUGGACGUGGACAUGGACGUGGACGUGGACGUGGACAUGGACGUGGACGUGGACGUGGACGUGGACGUGGACAUGGACGAGGACAUGGACGUGGACGUGGACAUGGACGUGGACAUGGACGUGGACGUGGACAUGUUCGUGGACGUGGACGUGGACAUGGUCGUGGACGUGGACGUGGACGUAGACGUGGACAUGGUCGUGGACGUGGACAUGGACGUGUACGUGGACAUGGACGUGGACAUGGACGUGGACGUGGACAUGGACGUGGACGUGGACGUGGACAUGGACGUGGACAUGGUCGUGGACGUGGACAUGGUCGUGGACAUGGACAUGGACGUGGACUUGGACAUGGACGUGGACGUGGACGUGGACGUGGACAUGGUCGUGGACGUGGACGUGGACGUGGACAUGGACGUGGACGUGGACGUGGACAUGGUCGUGGACGUGGACGUGGACGUGGACGUGGACGUGGACAUGGUCGUAGACGUGGACGUAGACAUGGACGUGGACGUGGACGUGAUGGACGUGGACGUGGACGUGGUGGACGUGGACGUGGACGUGGACGUGGACGUGGGCGUGGACGUGGACGUGGGCGUGGGCGUGGGCGUGGACGUGGACGUGGACGACGUGGACAUGGACGUGGACGUGGACGUGGACAUGGACGUGGACGUGGACGUGGACAUGGACAUAGACGUGGACAUGGACGUGGACGUAGACGUGGACGUGGACAUGGACGUGGACAUGGACAUAGACGUGGACAUGGACGUGAACGUGGACGUGGACGUGGACGUGGUGGACGUGGGCGUGGACGUGGACGUGGACGUGGACGUGGACAUGGACAUGGACGUGGACGUGGACAUGGACGUGGACAUGGACGUGGACAUGGACAUGGACAUGGACAUGGACGUGGACGUGGACGUGGACGUGGAUGUGGACAUGGACGUGGACGUGGACGUGGACGUGGACGUGGACGUGGACAUGGUCGUGGACGUGGACGGGGACGCGGACAUGGUCGUGGACGUGGACGUGGACGGGGACGUGGACAUGGUCGUGGACGUGGACGUGGUCGUGGACGUGGACAUGGUCGUGGAUGUGGACAUGGACGUGGACGUGGACGUGGUCGUGGACGUGGACGUGGACGUGGACGUGGACCUGGACGUGGACAUGGACGUGGACGUGGACGUGGACGUGGUGGUGGACAUGGACGUGAACGUGGACGUGGACGUGGACAUGGAAGUGGACGUGGACGUGGACAUGGACGUGGACAUGGUCGUGGACGUGGACGUGGACGUGGACGUGGACAUGGACGUGGACGUGGAGGUGGACGUGGACGUGGUGGACGUGGACGUGGACAUGGACGUUGACGUGGACGUGGACGUGGACAUGGAUGUGGACAUGGACGUGGACAUGGACGUGGACGUGGACAUGGACGUGGACAUGGACGUGGACGUGGACGUGGACGUGGACGUGGACGUGGACGUGGACGUGGACGUGGACAUGGUCAUGGACGUGGAUGUGGACGUGGACGUGGACAUGGUCGUGGACGUGGACAUGGUCGUGGACGUCGAUAUGGUCGUGGACGUGGACAUGGACGUGGACGUGGACGUGGACGUGGACAUGGUCGUGGACGUGGACGUGGACAUGGUCGUGGACGUGGACGUGGACGUGGACGUGGACGUGGACAUGGACGUGGACAUGGACGUGGACGUGGACGUGGACAUGGCAGUGGACGUGGACGUGGACGUGGACGUGGACAUGGUCGUGGACGUGGACGUGGACGUGGACGUGGACAUGGACGUGGACGUGGACGUGGACGUGGUGGACGUGGACGUGGACAUGGACGUGGACGUGGACGUGGACGUGGACAUGGACGUGGACAUGGACGUGGACAUGGACGUGGACGUGGACAUGGACGUGGACAUGGACGUGGACGUGGACCUGGACGUGGACGUGGACAUGGACGUGGACGUGGACGUGGACGUGGACAUGGACGUAGACGUGGACGUGGACGUGGUGGACGUGGACGUGGACGUGGACGUGGGCGUGGACAUGGACGUGGGCGUGGACGUGGACGUGGGCUUGGACGUGGACCUGGAAAUGGACGUGGACGUGGACGUGGACAUGGACGUGGACGUGGACGUGGACGUGGACACGGACGUGGACGUGGACGUGGACAUGGACGUGGACAUGGACGUGCACAUGGACAUGGACGUGGACAUGGACGUGGACGUGGACGUGGACGUGGACAUGGACGUGGACGUGGACGUGGACGUGGACAUGGACGUGGACGUGGACAUGGACAUGAACGUGGACGUGGACGUGGACGUGGACGUGGACAAGGACAUGGACGUGGACAUGGACGUGGACGUGGACAUGGACGUGGACAUGGACAUGGACAUGGACAUAAACGUGGACAUGGACGUGGACGUGGACGUGGACGUGGACAUGGACGUGGACGUGGACAUGGACCUGGACGUGGACGUGGACAUGGACGUGGACGUGGACAUGGUGGUGGACGUGGACGUGGACGUGGACGUGGACGUGGACAUGGACGUGGACAUGGUGGUGGACGUGGACGUGGACGUGGACAUGGACGUGGACAUGGACGUGGACAUGGUGGUGGACGUGGACGUGGACAUGGACGUGGACAUGGACGUGGACGUGGACGUGGACAUGGACGUGGACGUGGACGUGGUCGUGGACGUGGACGUGGACAUGGUCGUGGACGUGGACGUGGACGUGGGCGUGGACAUGGACGUGGACGUGGACGUGGACGUGGACGUGAACAUGGACGUGGACGUGGACGUGGACGUGGACAUGGACGUGGACAUGGACGUGGACAUGGACGUGGACGUGGACAUGGACGUGGACGUGAACGUGGACGUGGACGUGGUGGACCUGGACGUGGACGUGGACGUGGACGCGGACAUGGACGUGGACGCGGACAUGGACGUGGACAUGGACAUGGACAUGGACGUGGACAUGGACGUGGACGCGGACAUGGACAUGGACGUGGACGCGGACAUGGUCGUGGACGUGGACGUGGACAUGGACGUGGACGUGGACGAGGACAUGGUCGUGGACGUGGACGUGGACAUGGACGUGGACAUGGACGUGGACAUGGACGUGGACAUGGACGUGGACGUGGACGUCGACGUGGACGUGGACAUGGACGUGGACGUGGACGUGGACAUGGACGUGGACGUGGACGUGGACAUGGACGUGGACAUGGACGUGGACGUGGACGUGGACGUGGACAUGGACGUGGACAUGGACGUGGACGUGGACAUGGACGUGGACAUGGACGUGGACGUGGACAUGGUCGUGGACGUGGACGUGGACAUGGUCUUGGACGUGGACGUGGACGUAGACGUGGACAUGGUCGUGGACGUGGACAUGGACGUGGACGUGGACAUGGACGUGGACAUGGACGUGGAUGUGGACGUGGACAUGGACGUGGACGUGGACGUGGACAUGGACGUGGACAUGGUCGUGGACGUGGACAUGGUCGUGGACGUGGACAUGGACGUGGACAUGGACGUGGACGUGGACGUGGACAUGGUCGUGGACGUGGACGUGGACGUGGACGUGGACAUGGACGUGGACGUGGACGUGGACGUGGACAUGGUCGUGGACGUGGACGUGGACGUGGACGUGGACGUAGACGUGGACGUAGACAUGGACGUGGACGUGGACGUGGACGUGGUGGACGUGGACGUGGACGUGGACGUGGUGGACGUGGACGUGGACGUGGACGUGGACGUGGACGUGGACGUGGGCGUGGACGUGGACGUGGGCGUGGGCGUGGACGUGGGCGUGGACGUGGACGUGGACGUGGACGACGUGGACAUGGAUGUGGACGUGGACGUGGACAUGGACGUGGACGUGGACAUGGACGUGGACGUGGACGUGGACGUGGACGUGGACCUGGACGUGGACAUGGACAUGGACGUGGACAUGGAUAUGAACGUGGACGUGGACGUGGACGUGGUGGACGUGGACGUGGGCGUUGACGUGGACGUGGACGUGGACGUGGACGUGGACAUGGACGUGGACGUGGACGUGGACCUGGACGUGGACGUGGACGUGGACGUGGACGUGGACAUCGACGUGGACGUGGACGUGGACGUGGACGUGGACGUGGACGUGGACAUGGACGUGGACAUGGACGUGGACGUGUACGUGGACGUGGACAUGGACGUGGACAUGGACGUGGACAUGGACGUGAACGUGGACGUGGACGUGGACGUGGUGGACGUGGACGUAGACAUGGACGUGGACGUGGACGUGGACGUGGACGUGGACAUGGACGUGGACAUGGACGUGGACAUGGACGUGGACAUGGACGUGGACAUAGACAUGGACAUGGACAUGGACGUGGACGUGGACGUGGAUGUGGACGUGGACGUGGACGUGGACAUGGACGUGGACAUGGACGUGGACGUGGACAUGGACGUGGACAUGGACAUGGACAUGGACAUAAACAUGGACAUGGACGUGGACGUCGACGUGGACGUGGACAUGGACGUGGACGUGGACAUGGACCUGGACGUGGACGUGGACAUGGACGUGGACGUGGACAUGGUGGUGGACGUGGACGUGGACGUGGACGUGGACAUGGACAUGGACAUGGUGGUGGACGUGGACGUGGACGUGGACAUGGACGUGGACAUGGACGUGGACAUGGUGGUGGACGUGGACGUGGACAUGGACGUGGACAUGGACGUGGACGUGGACGUGGACAUGGACGUGGACGUGGACGUGGACGUGGACGUGGACGUGGGCGUGGACAUGGACGUGGACGUGGACGUGGACGUGGGCGUGGACAUGGACGUGGACGUGGACGUGGACGUGGACGUGAACAUGGACGUGGACAUGGACGUGGACGUGGACAUGGACGUGGACGUGAACGUGGACGUGGACGUGGUGGACCUGGACGUGGACGUGGACGUGGACGUGGACAUGGACGUGGACGCGGACGUGGACGUGGACGUGGACGUGGACAUGGACGUGGACAGGGACGUGGACGUGGAGGUGGACGCCGACAUGGACGUGGACGCGGACGUGGACGUGGAGGUGGACGUGGACGUGGACGUGGACGUGGACGCGGACGUGGACGUGGACGUGGACAUGGACGUGGACGUGGACAUGGACGUGGAUAUGGACGUGGACAUGGACGUGGACAUGGACGUGGAGAUGGACGUGGACAUGGACGUGGAGAUGGACGUGGACAUGGACGUGGACAUGGACGUGGACGCGGACAUGGUCGUGGACGUGGACGUGGACGUGGACAUGGACGUGGACAUGGACGUGGACAUGGACGUGGACAUGGACGUGGACAUGGACGUGGACGUGGACGUCGACGUGGACGUGGACGUGGACGUCGACGUGGACGUGGACGUGGACGUGGACGUGGACGUGGACAUGGACGUGGACGUGGACGUGGACAUGGACGUGGACAUGGACGUGGACGUGGACGUGGACGUGGACGUGGACAUGGACGUGGACAUGGACGUGGACAUGGACGUGGACAUGGACGUGGACGUGGACAUGGUCGUGGACGUGGACGUGGACAUGGUCUUGGACGUGGACGUGGACGUAGACGUGGACAUGGUCGUGGACGUGGACAUGGACGUGGACGUGGACAUGCUGGACGUGGACGUGGACUUGGACGUGGACAUGGACGUGGACAUGGACGUGAACGUGGACGUGGACGUGGACGUGGUGGACGUGGACGUGGGCGUGGACGUGGACGUGGACGUGGACGUGGACAUGGACGUGGACGUGGACGUGGACCUGGACGUGGACGUGGACGUGGACGUGGACCUGGACGUGGACGUGGACGUGGACGUGGACGUGGACGUGGACAUCGACGUGGACGUGGACGUGGACGUGGACGUGGACGUGGACGUGGACAUGGACGUGGACAUGGACGUGGACGUGGACGUGGACGUGGACAUGGACGUGGACAUGGACGUGGACAUGGACGUGAACGUGGACGUGGACGUGGACGUGGUGGACGUGGACGUAGACAUGGACGUGGACGUGGACGUGGACGUGGACGUGGACAUGGACGUGGACAUGGACGUGGACAUGGACGUGGACAUGGACGUGGACAUGGACAUGGACGUGCACGUGGACGUGGACGUGGACGUGGACGUGGACGUGGACGUGGACAUGGUCGUGGACGUGGACGUGGACGGGGACGUGGACAUGGUCGACGUGGACCUGGACGUGGACGUGGACGUGGACGUGGACCUGGACGUGGUCGUGGACGUGGACGUGGACGUGGACGUGGACGUGGACAUGGACGUGGACGUGGUGGACGUGGACGUGGACGUGGACGUGGACGUGGACAUGGACGUGGACGUGGACGUGGACGUGGACAUGGACGUGGACGUGGACGUGGACGUGGACGUGGACAUGGACGUGGACGUGGACGUGGACGUGGACAUGGACGUGGACGUGGACGUGGACGUGGCCAUGGACGUGGACGUGGACGUGGACGUGGACGUGGACGUGGACGUGGACGUGGGCUUGGACGUGGACAUGGACAUGGACGUGGACGUGGACGUGGACAUGGACGUGGGCGUGGACAUGGACGUGGGCUUGGAUGUGGACAUGGACGUGGACAUGGACGUGGACGUGGACAUGGACGUAGACGUGGACGUGGACAUGGACGUGGACGUGGACAUGGACGUGUACGUGGACGUAGACAUGGACGUGGACGUGGACGUAGACGUGGACAUGGACGUGGACGUGGACGUGGACGUGGACGUGGACACGGACGUGGACGUGGACGUGGACGUGGACAUGGUGGUGGACGUGGACGUGGACGUGGACGUGGACGUGGACAUGGUCGUGGAGGUGGACAUGGUCGUGGACGUGGACAUGGUCGUGGACGUGGACAUGGACGUGGACGUGGACGUGGACGUGGAAGUGGACAUGGACGUGGACGUGGACGUGGACAUGGUCGUGGACGUGGACGUGAACGUGGACGUGGACAUGGACGUGGACAUGGACGUGGACGUGGACGUGGACGUGGACGUGGAAGUGGACGUGGACGUGGACGUGGACGUGGAGGUGGACGUGGACAUGGUCGUGGACGUGGACGUGGACGUGGACGUCGACAUGGACGUGGACGUGGACGUGGAUGUGGACGUGGUGGACGUGGACGUGGACGUGGACGUGGACGUGGACGUGGACAUGGACGUGGACAUGGACGUGGACAUGGACGUGGACGUGGACAUGGACGUGGACGUGGACGUGGACAUGGACGUGGACGUGGACAUGGACGUGGACGUGGACAUGGACGUGGACGUGGACAUGGACAUGGACGUGGACGUGGACGUGGACAUGGACGUGGACGUGGACGUGGACGUGGACGUGGACAUGGAUGUGGACGUGGACGUGGACGUGGACAUGGUCGUGGACGUGGACGUGGACGUGGACAUGGACGUGGACGUGGACGUGGACGUGGACGUGGACAUGGUCGUGGACGUGGACGUGGACGUGGACGUGGACGUGGACGUGGACGUAGACGUGGACGUAGACAUGGACGUGGACGUGGACGUGGUGGACGUGGAAGUGGACGUGGACGUGGUGGACGUGGACGUGGACGUGGACGUGGACGUGGACGUGGGCGUGGGCGUGGACGUGGACGUGGGCGUGGGCGUGGACGUGGGCGUGGACGUGGACGUGGACGUGGACGACGUGGACAUGGACGUGGACGUGGACGUGGACAUGGACGUGGACGUGGACGUGGACGUGGACGUGGACGUGGACCUGGACGUGGACAUGGACAUGGACGUGGACAUGGACGUGAACGUGGACGUGGACGUGGACGUGGUGGACAUGGACGUGGGCGUGGACGUGGACGUGGACGUGGACGUGGACGUGGACAUGGACGUGGACGUGGACCUGGACGUGGACGUGGACGUGGACGUGGACGUGGACGUGGACAUCGACGUGGACGUGGACGUGGACGUGGACGUGGACGUGGACAUGGACGUGGACAUGGACGUGGACGUGGACGUGGACGUGGACAUGGACGUGGACAUGGACGUGGACAUGGACGUGAACGUGGACGUGGACGUGGACGUGGUGGACGUGGACGUAGACAUGGACGUGGACGUGGACGUGGACGUGGACGUGGACGUGGACAUGGACGUGGACAUGGACGUGGACAUGGACGUGGACAUGGACGUGGACAUGGACAUGGACGUGCACGUGGACGUGGACGUGGAUGUGGACGUGGACGUGGACGUGGACGUGGACGUGGACAUGGUCGUGGACGUGGACGUGGACGGGGACGUCGACAUGGUCGUGGACGUGGACGUGGACGGGGACGUGGACAUGGUCGUGGACGUGGACAUGGUCGUGGACGUGGACAUGGUCGUGGACGUGGACAUGGACGUGGACGUGGACGUGGACAUGGACGUGGACGUGGACGUGGACGUGGUCGUGGACGUGGACGUGGACAUGGUCGUGGACGUGGAUGUGGACGUGGACGUGGACCUGGACGUGGACCUGGACGUGGACGUGGACGUGGACGUGGACGUGGACGUGGACCUGGACAUGGUCGUGGACGUGGACGUGGACGUGGACGUGGACGUGGACAUGGACGUGGACGUGGUGGACGUGGACGUGGACGUGGACAUGGACGUGGACAUGGACGUGGACGUGGACGUGGACGUGGACGUGGACGUGGACAUGGACGUGGACGUGGAGGUGGACGUGGACGUGGACGUGGACGUGGACGUGGACAUGGACGUGGACGUGGACGUGGACAUGGAUGUGGACGUGGACAUGGACGUGGACGUGGACGUGGACGUGGACGUGGACGUGGACGUGGGCUUGGACGUGGACAUGGACAUGGACGUGGACGUGGACGUGGACAUGGACGUGGGCGUGGACGUGGACGUGGGCUUGGACGUGGACAUGGACGUGGACAUGGACGUGGACGUGGACAUGGACGUAGACGUGGACGUGGACGUGGACGUGGACGUGGACAUGGACGUGUACGUGGACGUGUACAUGGACGUGGACGUGGACAUGGACGUGUACGUGGACGUAGACAUGGACGUGGACGUGGACGUGGACGUGGACACGGACGUGGACGUGGACACGGACGUGGACGUGGACGUGGACGUGGACAUGGUGGUGGACGUGGACGUGGACGUGGACGUGGACGUGGACAUGGUCGUGGACGUGGACAUGGUCAUGGACGUGGACAUGGUCGUGGACGUGGACAUGGACGUGGACGUGGACGUGGACGUGGACGUGGACAUGGACGUGGACGUGGACGUGGACAUGGUCGUGGACGUGGACGUGGACGUGGACGUGGACAUGGACGUGGACAUGGACGUGGACGUGGACGUGGACGUGGAAGUGGACGUGGACGUGGACGUGGACGUGGAGGUGGACGUGGACAUGGUCGUGGACGUGGACGUGGACGUGGACGUGGACAUGGACGUGGACGUGGACGUGGAUGUGGACGUGGUGGACGUGGACGUGGACGUGGACGUGGACGUGGACGUGGACAUGGACGUGGACAUGGACGUGGACAUGGACGUGGACGUGGACAUGGACGUGGACGUGGACGUGGACAUGGACGUGGACGUGGACAUGGACGUGGACGUGGACAUGGACGUGGACGUGGACAAGGACAUGAACGUGGACGUGGACGUGGACGUGGACGUGGACAAGGACAUGGACGUGGACAUGGACGUGGACGUGGACAUGGACGUGGACAUGGACGUGGACAUGGACGUGGACAUGGACGUGGACGUGGACGUGGACAUGGACGUGGACAUGGACCUGGACGUGGACGUGGACAUGGACGUGGACGUGGACAUGGUGGUGGACGUGGACGUGGACGUGGACGUGGACGUGGACAUGGACGUGGACAUGGUGGUGGACGUGGACGUGGACGUGGACAUGGACGUGGACAUGGACGUGGACAUGGUGGUGGACGUGGACGUGGACAUGGACGUGGACAUGGACGUGGACGUGGACGUGGACAUGGACAUGGACGUGGACAUGGACGUGGACAUGGACGUGAACGUGGACGUGGACGUGGACGUGGUGGACGUGGACAUAGACAUGGACGUGGACGUGGACAUGGACGUGGACGUGGACGUGGACAUGGACGUGGACAUGGACGUGGACGUGGACAUGGACGUGGACAUGGACGUGGACAUGGACAUGGACAUGGACAUGGACGUGGACGUGGACGUGGACGUGGAUGUGGACGUGGACGUGGACGUGGACGUGGACAUGGUCGUGGACGUGGACGUUGACGGGGACGUGGACAUGGUCGUGGACGUGGACGUGGACGGGGACGUGGACAUGGUCGUGGACGUGGACAUGGUCGUGGACGUGGACAUGGUCGUGGACGUGGACAUGGACUUGGAGGUGGACGUGGACAUGGACGUGGACGUGGACGUGGACGUGGUCGUGGACGUGGACGUGGACAUGGUCGAGGACGUGGACGUGGACGUGGACGUGGACGUGGACCUGGACGUGGACGUCGACGUGGACGUGGACCUGGACGUGGUCGUGGACGUGGACGUGGACGUGGACGUGGACGUGGAUAUGGACAUGGACGUGGUGGACAUGGACGUGGACGUGGACGUGGACUUGGACAUGGACGUGGACGUGGACGUGGACGUAGACGUGGACAUGGACGUGGACGUGGACGUGGACGUGGACGUGGUGGACGUGGACGUGGACGUGGACGUGGACAUGGACGUGGGCGUGGACGUGGACGUGGGCUUGGACGUGGACAUGGACGUGCACAUGGAUGUGGACGUGGACAUGGACGUAGACGUGGACGUGGACAUGGACGUGGACGUGAACAUGGACGUGUACGUGGACGUAGACAUGGACGUGGACGUGGACGUAGACGUGGACAUGGACGUGGACGUGGACGUGGACGUGGACACGGACGUGGACGUGGACGUGGACAUGGUGGUGGACGUGGACGUUGACGUGGACGUGGACGUGGACAUGGUCGUGGACGUGGACAUGGUCGUGGACGUGGACAUGGUCGUGGACGUGGACGUGGACAUGGACGUGGACGUGGACGUGGACGUGGACAUGGACGUGGACGUGGACGUGGACAUGGUCGAGGACGUGGACGUGGACGUGGACGUGGACAUGGACAUGGACAUGGACGUGGACAUGGUCGUGGACGUGGACGUGGACGUGGACGUGGACGUGGACGUGGACGUGGACGUCGAUGUGGACGUGGUGGACGUGGACGUGGAUGUGGACUUGGACGUGGACGUGGACAUGGACGUGGACAUGGACGUGGACAUGGACGUGGACGUGGACAUGGACGUGGACGUGGACGUGGACAUGGACGUGGACAUGGACGUGGACGUGGACAUGGACGUGGACGUGGACGUGGACAUGGACGUGGACGUGGACAUGAACCUGGACGUGGACGUGGACGUGGACGUGGACAAGGACAUGAACGUGGACGUGGACGUGGACGUGGACGUGGACAAGGACAUGGAUGUGGACAUGGACGUGGACGUGGACAUGGACGUGGACAUGGACGUGGACCUGGACGUGGACAUGGACGUGGACGUGGACGUGGACAUGGACGUGGACAUGGACCUGGACGUGGACGUGGACGUGGACGUGGACAUGGUGGUGGACGUGGACGUGGACGUGGACGUGGACGUGGACAUGGACGUGGACAUGGUGGUGGACGUGGACGUGGACAUGGACAUGGACGUGGACAUGGAAGUGGACAUGGUGGUGGACGUGGACGUGGACAUGGACGUGGACAUGGACGUGGACGUGGAAGUGGACAUGGACGUGGACGUGGACGUGGACAUGGACGUGAACGUGGACGUGGACGUGGACGUGGUGGACGUGGACGUGGACAUGGACGUGGACGUGGACGUGGACGUGGACGUGGACGUGGACGUGGACAUGGACGUGGACAUGGACGUGGACGUGGACAUGGACGUGGACAUGGACGUGGACAUGGACAUGGACAUGGACAUGGACGUGGACGUGGACGUGGACGUGGAUGUGGACGUGGACGUGGACGUGGACGUGGACGUGGACGUGGACACGGUCGUGGACGUGGACGUGGACGGGGACGUGCACAUGGUCGUGGACGUGGACGUGGACGGGGACGUGGACACGGUCGUGGACGUGGACAUGGUCGUGGACGUGGACAUGGUCGUGGAUGUGGACAUGGACGUGGACGUGGACGUGGACAUGGACGUGGACGUGGACGUGGACGUGGUCGUGGUCGUGGACGUGGACAUGGUCGUGGACGUGGACGUGGACGUGGACGUGGACGUGGACGUGGACCUGGACCUGGACGUGGUCGUGGACGUGGACGUGGACGUGGACGUGGACAUGGACGUGGACGUGGUGGACGUGGACGUGGACGUGGACGUGGACAUGGACGUGGACGAGGACGUGGACGUGGACAUGGACGUGGACGUGGACGUGGACGUGGACGUGGACGUGGACAUGGACGUGGACGUGGACGUGGACGUGGACAUGGACGUGGACGUGGACGUGGACGUGGACGUGGACAUGGACGUUGACGUGGACGUGGACGUGGACGUGGACGUGGUGGACGUGGACGUGGACGUGGACGUGGACGUGGACAUGGACGUGGGCGUGGACGUGGACGUGGGCUUGGACGUGGACAUGGACGUGGACAUGGACGUGGACGUGGACAUGGACGUAGACGUGGACGUGGACAUGGACGUGGACGUGGACAUGGACGUGUACGUGGACGUAGACAUGGACGUGGACGUGGACGUAGACGUGGACAUGGACGUGGACGUGGACGUGGACGUGGACGUGGACGUGGACGUGGACGUGGACGUGGACAUGGACGUGGACGUGGACGUGGACGUGGACGUGGACGUGGACGUGGACGUAGACGUGGACAUGGUCGUGGACGUGGACAUGGACGUGGACGUGGACAUGGACGUGGACGUGGACGUGGACGUGGACGUGGACGUGGACGUGGACAUGGACGUGGACAUGGACGUGGACAUGGUCGUGGACGUGGACGUGGACGUGGACAUGGACGUGGACGAGGACGUGGACGUGGACGUGGACGUGGACGUGGACGUGGACGUGGACGUGGACGUGGACGUGGACGUGGACAUGGACGUGGACAUGGACGUUGACGUGGACGUGGACGUGGACGUGGACGUGGACGUGGACGUGGACGUGGACGUGGACGUGGUCGUGGACAUGGACGUGGACGUGGACGUGGACGUGGACGUGGACGUGGACGUGGACGUGGACAUGGACGUGGACGUGGUGGACGUGGACGUGGACGUGGACAUGGACGUGGACGAGGACGUGGACGUGGACAUGGACGUGGACGUGGACGUGGAUGUGGACGUGGACAUGGACGUGGACGUGGACGUGGACAUGGACGUGGACGUAGACGUGGACGUGGACGUGGACGUGGACGUUGACGUGGACGUGGACGUGGACGUGGACGUGGUGGACGUGGACGUGGACAUGGACUUGGACGUGGACGUGGACAUGGACGUGGACGUGGACAUGGUGGUGGACGUGGACGUGGACGUGGACGUGGACGUGGACAUGGACGUGGACAUGGUGGUGGACGUGGACGUGGACGUGGACAUGGACGUGUACAUGGACGUGGACAUGGUGGUGGACGUGGACGUGGACAUGGACGUGGACAUGGACGUGGACGUGGACGUGGACAUGGACGUGGACGUGGACGUGGUCGUGGACGUGGACGUGGACGUGGACAUGGUCGUCGACAUGGACGUGGACGUGGACGUGGGCGUGGACAUGGACGUGGACGUGGACGUGGACGUGGACGUGGACGUGAACAUGGACGUGGACGUGGACGUGGACGUGGACGUGGACGUGGACGUGGACGUAAACAUGGACGUGGACGUGGACGUGGACGUGGACGUGGACAUGGUCGUGGACGUGGACAUGGACGUGGACGUGAACGUGGACGUGGACGUGGACCUGGACGUGGACGUGGACGUGGACAUGGACGUGGACGCGGACGUGGACGUGGACGUGGACGUGGACGUGGACGUGGACAUGGUCGUGGACAUGGACGUGGACGUGGACGUGGACAUGGACGUGGACGUGGACGUGGACGUGGACGUGGAUGUGGACGUGGUGGACGUGGACGGGGACGUGGACGUGGACGUGGACAUGGACGUGGACAUGGACGUGGACAUGGACGUGGACGUGGACAUGGACGUGGACGUGGACGUGGACAUGGACGUGGAUGUGGACAUAGACGUGGACGUGGACAUGGACGUGGACGUGGACAUGGACAUGAACGUGGACGUGGACGUGGACGUGGACGUGGACAAGGACAUGGACGUGGACAUGGACGUGGACGUGGACAUGGACGUGGACAUGGACGUGGACAUGGACGUGGACGUGGACGUGGACAUGGACGUGGACAUGGACUUGGACGUGGACGUGGACAUGGACGUGGACGUGGACAUGGUGGUGGACGUGGACGUGGACGUGGACGUGGAUGUGGACAUGGACGUGGACAUGGUGGUGGACGUGGACGUGGACGUGGACAUGGACGUGGACAUGGACGUGGACAUGGUGGUGGACGUGGACGUGGACAUGGACGUGGACAUGGACGUGGACGUGGACGUGGACAUGGACGUGGACGUGGACGUGGUCGUGGACGUGGACGUGGACGUGGACAUCGUCGUGGACAUGGACGUGGACGUGGACGUGGGCGUGGACAUGGACGUGGACGUGGACGUGGACGUGGACGUGGACGUGAACAUGGACGUGGACGUGGACGUGGACGUGGACGUGGACGUGGACGUGGACGUGAACAUGGACGUGGACGUGGACGUGGACGUGGACAUGGACGUGAACCUGGACGUGGACGUGGACCUGGACGUGGACGUGGACGCGGACCUGGACGUGGACGCGGACGUGGACGUGGACGUGGACGCGGACGUGGACGUGGACGUGGACGUGGACAUGGACGUGGACGUGGACGUGGACGUGGACGUGGACGUGGACGUGGACGUGGACGUGGACGUGGAUGUGGACGUGGACGUGGACGUGGACGUGGACGUGGACGUGGACGUGGACGUGGACGUGGACGUGGACGUGGACGUGGACGUGGACGUGGACGUGGACAUGGACGUGGACGUGGACGUGGACGUGGACAUGGACGUGGACAUGGACGUGGACGUGGUGGACAUGGACGUGGACGUGGUGGACGUGGACAUGGACGUGGACGUGGUGGACGUGGACAUGGACGUGGACGUGGACGUGGACGUGGACGUGGUGGACGUGGACGUGGACGUGGACGUGGACGUGGACGGACAUGUACACGUGGACGUGGACAUGGACGUGGACGUGGACAUGGACGUGUACGUGGACGUAGACAUGGACGUGGACGUGGACGUAGACGUGGACAUGGACGUGGACGUGGACGUGGACGUGGACAUGGACGUGGACGUGGACGUGGACGUGGACGUGGACGUGGACGUGGACGUGGACGUGGACGUAGACGUGGACAUGGUCGUGGACGUGGACAUGGUCGUGGACGUGGACAUGGUCGUGGACGUGGACAUGGACGUGGACGUGGACGUGGACGUGGACGUGGACAUGGACGUGGACGUGGACGUGGACAUGGUCGUGGACGUGGACGUGGACGUGGACGUGGACAUGGACGUGGACAUGGACGUGGACGUGGACGUGGACGUGGAAGUGGACGUGGACGUGGACGUGGACGUGGACGUGGACAUGGUCGUGGACAUGGACGUGGACGUGGACGUGGACAUGGACGUGGACGUGGACGUGGAUGUGGACGUGGUGGACGUGGACGUGGACGUGGACGUGGACGUGGACGUGGACAUGGACGUGGACAUGGACGUGGACAUGGACGUGGACGUGGACAUGGACGUGGACGUGGACGUGGACAUGGACGUGGAUGUGGACAUAGACGUGGACGUGGACAUGGACGUGGACGUGGACAUGGACAUGAACGUGGACGUGGACGUGGACGUGGACAAGGACAUGGACGUGGACAUGGACGUGGACGUGGACAUGGACGUGGAAAUGGACGUGGACAUGGACGUGGACGUGGACGUGGACAUGGACGUGGACAUGGACUUGGACGUGGACGUGGACAUGGACGUGGACGUGGACAUGGUGGUGGACGUGGACGUGGACGUGGACGUGGACGUGGACAUGGACGUGGACAUGGUGGUGGACGUGGACGUGGACGUGGACAUGGACGUGGACAUGGACGUGGACAUGGUGGUGGACGUGGACGUGGACAUGGACGUGGACAUGGACGUGGACGUGGACGUGGACAUGGACGUGGACGUGGACGUGGUCGUGGACGUGGACGUGGACGUGGACAUGGUCGUGGACAUGGACGUGGACGUGGACGUGGGCGUGGACAUGGACGUGGACGUGGACGUGGACGUGGACGUGGACGUGGACGUGGACGUGAACGUGGACGUGGACGUGGACCUGGACGUGGACGUGGACCUGGACGUGGACGCGGACGUGGACCUGGACGUGGACGCGGACGUGGACGUGGACGCGGACGUGGACAUGGAGGUGGACGCGGACGUGGACGUGGAGGCGGACGCGGACAUGGACGUGGACGUGGACGUGGACGUGGAGGUGGACGCGGACAUGGACGUGGACGCGGACGUGGACGUGGAGGUCGACGCGGACAUGGACGUGGACGGGGACGUGGACGUGGACGCGGACAUGGACGUGGACGUGGACGCGGACGUGGACGUGGACGCGGACAUGGACGUGGACGUGGACAUGGACGUGGACGUGGACAUGGACCUGGAUAUGGACGUGGACGUGGACAUGGACGUGGACGUGGACGUGGAGGUGGACGUGGACGUUGACGUGGACGGGGACGUGGACAUGGACGCGGACAUGGACGUGGACGUGGACGUGGACGUGGACGUGGACGUGGAGGUGGACGUGGACGUGGACGUGGACGCGGACAUGGACGUGGACGCAGACAUGGACGUGGACGCGGACAUGGACGUGGACGUGGACGUGGACGUGGACGUGGACGUGGUGGACAUGAACGUGGACGUGGACGUGGACGUGGACGUGGACGUGGACGUGGACGUGGACGUGGACGUGGACGUGGACGUGGAAAUGGACGUGGACAUGGACGUGGACGUGGACGUGGACGUGGACGUGGACGUGGACGUGGACGUGGUGGACGUGGACGUGGUGGACGUGGACGUGGACGUGGACGUGGACAUGGACGUGGACGUGGACGUGGACGUGGACGUGGACAUGGACGUGGACAUGGACGUGGACGUGGACGUGGACGUGGACGUGGACGUGGACGUGGACAUGGACGUGGACGUUGACGUGGACGUGGACGAGGACGUGGACAUGGACAUGAACAUGGUUGUGGACGUGGACGUGGACGUGGACAAGGACAUGGACGUGGACAUGGACGUGGACGUGGACAUGGACGUGGACAUGGACGUGGACAUGGACAUGGACGUGGACAUGGACGUGGACGUAGACGUGGACGUGGACAUGGACGUCGGUCAGUAUGGGAACUUAGAGUGUAAAUGCCUGGGAGAACGGAACCGCUCAGAUCUCGCAUAG